AUGGCGACGACACUUGACGUGCAGCAGCAGCAGCAGAUCGAGACGUCCGUGCUUCGGACUGAGGAGAUGUUUGCGCUGACCAAGCGCAGAGACGCUGUGGUUUCCGACUUUGCCCCGAGCAAACGAGUGCGCGUGCGGACAAAGUUGCAUGAUUCGUACUUACUGGAGAUCCCUGGAGCGUUACGGGAGUCGGAAGGCUCAGCUGGAGCUAUUGACACUUUUUUUGAGACGACUGGAUGUGCCGUCCCUGGUCCUGCUUUGCCACCGGCAGAUGUGGUCAUUGGUGGACAUCCAGUACCCUCUGGACCUGGGAUCUCUAUGGCAGGUGAAGAAGAUACGGCCAAAGCUGUCGAAGAAAAGUCGUCAUUUGUGGACCAAGUGGCAAAAGAAGUUGAAAGGGAGCUGGCACUUGCAAAACGGAAGCUUGCGGCAGCAGCAACUAGUAACGGAGAUGCGUCGAAGGCUGUUGUGGCGUAUAAGAACCAAACAGAGACGUCGACUCAGUUAGGCACGAUUCGUAGACGUGCAACCGAGGUACCAAAACCAAAGUGGCACGCGCCGUGGAAGCUCAAGCGUGUGAUUGCUGGCCACCUCGGAUGGGUGCGCUCGAUUUCCGUCGAUCCUACCAACGAUUGGUUCGUUACGGGCUCUGCGGAUCGGACGAUCAAGGUCUGGGACUUGGCAUCAGGGCAGUUGAAACUCACGCUCACUGGGCACAUCAAUGCCAUUCGCGGGUUGGAAGUGAGCUCGCGCCACCCAUAUCUUUUUUCGGCAGGAGAAGACAAGAAGGUGCUGUGCUGGGACCUCGAGUACAACAAGAACAUUCGAAGCUACCAUGGCCACCUGUCGGGCGUGUUUUCGCUGAAACUGCAUCCAACGCUUGAUGUCCUUGUCACGGGCGGUCGCGAUGCCGUUGCCCGAGUCUGGGACAUGCGAUCGAAGAAUCAGAUUCACACGCUUGCGGGUCACCAGGGCACGGUGUGGGGCUUGGAGACACAAACGACGGAUCCGCAGAUCAUUACCGGCUCCAGCGAUAGCACGGUCAAACUAUGGGAUCUUGCCGCCGGAAAAGUGAUGACAACGCUGACGAACCACAAGAAGGCUGUUCGCGCCGUGACAAAGUCUCCAACGGAUCACACCUUCAUGUCGGGUGCGGCCGAUAACAUGAAAAAGUGGGAGGCAAAGGAAGGCUGCUUUCUGCGCAAUUUCUCGGCGCACAAUGCUAUCAUCAACUCGAUUUCGAUCAACCAGGACGGCGUGAUGGCUUCAUGUGGAGACAACGGGUCCAUGCGCUUUUGGGAUUACCAGACAGGCUACUGCUUCCAGACCGAGUCAACCAUAGCGCAGCCUGGCUCUUUGGACAGCGAGACAGGCAUUUUCGCAUCGACUUUUGACAAGACAGGCCUGCGGUUCAUCACGUGCGAGGCGGAUAAGACCAUCAAGGUGUGGCAAGAAGACAGCUCGGCAUCAAAGGAGUCGCAUCCUAUCAACAUGACCCAGUGGACGAAGGACUUUACAACCCCAAAGCGAUUUUAG